GAUAACAUCGCCUGCAUUUGACAUUCUGUAGUGAAUCGACCAUCUUUCUCUUGGCAAACGAAACAAGUGCGUGUGUUUGAAAAAGGCAAAUUUUUGGCUUUUCGUACAAUAAUCUCCGUUAACGAGCUUCAAAAUGCUUUCUAGAGCAGCACUUUUGUCAGCCGUCAAGAGACCUACUGCACAAAUCUUAGCUCGCGGAUCGGCUUCCGCUACUGACUCCAAUCGACCAGUACGACCGGAGCACCCGGGCAAGGUACGGCUCGGAUUUCUGCCAGAGGAAUGGUUUACAUUCUUUUACAACAAAACUGGUGUCACCGGCCCAUACGUUUUCGGUGCGGGUCUUUUCACCUACCUAUGCUCCAAGGAAAUCUACAUCAUGGAGCAUGAAUACUACAACGGUCUCUCCUUAGCAAUCAUGGUCAUAUUUGCCGUAAAGAAGUUUGGACCAUCAGUAGCUGCGUACUGUGACAAGGAAAUCGAUAAAAUUGAAGCUGAGUGGAAUGAAGGUCGCGAGGAGCACGUUAAACAGCUGGCACAAGCUAUUGAAAAUGAGAAGAAGGAACAAUGGCGUGCUGAAGGCCAAACACUGUUGAUGCAGGCCAAGAAGGAGAACGUUGCGCUUCAACUGGAAGCUGCCUAUCGCGAACGGGCUAUGACCGCCUAUCGCGAGGUCAAGAAACGUUUGGACUACCAGGUUGAACGUCAAAACGUAGAUCGUCGUAUAUCGCAGAAACAUAUGGUCGAGUGGAUCGUGAACAAUGUUGUUAAAUCUAUUACUCCGGAUCAAGAGAAAGAGACACUGAACAGAUGCAUUGCCGAUUUGGGUGCCAUCGCUUCCAAAGCCAAGUAAAAUAUGUAACUGCAGCGGUGCAGACGACCUACAAACUGUACCCAAGUCAAUAUUCAGUUUAUAGAUCAUAGAAGUUUAUAGAAGUGAAUAAAUGAAACAACAUUGUCAUGUUAGUACGAAAA